AUGCGAGCUACUUCCGUGAGGAUGUCCUCGCCGGCCGUGUGGCUUUGGUCACUGGCGGCGCCAGCGGCAUCGGCUUCGAGGUCGCACGCCAGUUUGGCCUGCAUGGCUGUGCAGGCGUCGUGCUCGUCGGACGCAGGCCUGAGUUCUUGCAGCAGGCAUCUGCUCUGCUCGCCGGGAAUCAAAGUGGCAACUGCGGCUGGCGACGUCCGAAAUCCAGAGGACUGCGAGACCGCCGUGAAGGUGGCGGUUGCAACCUUCGGCGGUCUCGACGUUCUCGUGAACGCGGCAGCAGGGAACUUCCUGGCGGCAGCCGAGGAGAUCUCCAGCAAGGCCUUCAAGACCGUCAUGGUGGAUAUGGAGUGCGGUGCAACUGCGAGAAGCUGA